AUGGCCGAGCCAAGGACGCUUGUAACUUGUAACACCCACCUUGUCUGCAUGCGAUUUGACGGCUUGGAGAAGCAUUGUAGACGAGGAGAAGAGGCUGGGGCCAGUAAGACUGACACCAGCAUCCAGAGAUGGGACAUAGACAAGGCGCCUUGCACUUACCAGCAAUGCCGUUGCGGAGUCGAGGGCGCCAUCUUAGGUGCCGGCAGUUAUGGCUCCUGCAUUUGCAGUCCGCCUGCUACCCAAAGGCAGCUGGAGCAGAAUGUACGGAAGCUGGCGGCUACCAGCAAGAACUUCUUGAUCAAGAGCUGCAGUCGACGAUGUGUUCAAAGAAUGCAGCACAAUGACGACAAAUAUGGCGAACAAGAAGUCUUCGCGGGUGCCAUGCCCAAGCUGCAACUUCUCAAGAGCACGCUGAGAGGAGGCUCCUACCAUGCGGCGCACAAGGGCACGACGAUGUCGCGUCGCUGCCCUCACAUAGCCAGCCGAGCCAUGGCAGUUGCAGCACUGCUGCAGGCAACAUGCUUCAACACAAGGCACAUGCCACGCAAAGGGAAUGAGCACGGCCGUGCAGAUUGCAGCCUGAUCAAUCUGCACUUGCAUGCACGUGCCUCCGACUGCCUACUGCAAGUGAGCUGUCCAUGCUAUCUUUGGUUGCCGUGGCCUCAUGCUAACAAGAAGCUGGAAGCUGUGCUCCAACUUCUCUGGGAUGAGCUCAGCCAAUGUGGACCCGACUACAACGCGACCUCGGCCCACAUGGACCCAACUACAACGCGAGGACAGGAUGGGUUGCAGUAG